GACGAGCUAGAGGCGAGGCGACCCGAUCUCCGGCCAUGCGCAACGGUGAGGGGACCGGCGGCGGAACAGCGGGGGACAUCGUGGAGGCCGGCGACGAGAGAGACCAGGGGCCGCGGUUCGUGGAGCCCGUGUCCGCGUCGCACGGGUUGCAGGCGCCGCGCGAUGGCAGCGACGACGACGAUGACUCCUUGGUCGAGAUCACCCUCGACCUUAGGGACGAUGACUCGAUUGUGGUGGUGAAACAGGAGACGCUGGCCAAGCGCCCGCCCUCGUACGGCCACGGCGUGCUCCGGGACGCCUCGGCGCGGGUCGAGCAGGCGCCGCAGGAGCUCCGGCGGCUCACGGCAUCAAGCAAGCAGGGACAGGGAGGCGCCCCGAGCUGCGUCGGUAGGUCCAUGACCGCCACCGCGCACUUGCUCAAGUUCCUCAGCCGGGUUGACGCCUCCGCCGGUUGGGCCGCCGUUGAGAGGCGCUUCGACGAAGAAGCCAAGGAUGGCCUCCUCCACCGGUCCAAGUUCGCCAAGUGCAUCGGGACGAAGGAGCUCGCGUUCGCCGGCGAGCUGUUCGACGCACUGGCAAGGCGUCGGCACAUCUCCGGAGAGAGCAUCAGCAAGCCGGAGCUGCUCGAGUUUUGGGACCAAAUUUCCGACCGCAGCUUCGAUGGCCGCCUGCAAAUCUUCAUGGAUAUGACUGAGAAGGACGGUGACGGGAGAGUCCUCGAGGAGGACAUCAAAGAGAUGAUCAUGCUGAGCGCGAAUGCAAACAACCUAACGAUGGACACACAACAGUCCCAAAAGUACGCCCGGCUCAUGAUGGAGGAACUGGACCCUGACGACCUCGGCUACAUCCAGUUGUUCGAGGUGGAGAGUCUCCUGCUGCAGACGGCGAGCCGUACGAAGCCGACCGGGACAACCCUCAGCAGCAAACUGAGCAUGCGCCUCCACCCGACGACGGCGGAGCCCAGCCCACUCCGGCGGUGGUACAGGCGUGCUAGCUACUCCCUGGGGGGCAACUGGCGCUGGCGAGCCCUGUACGCGUGCGAGCGAAUGGCGCGGCCGCUGCGGGGCAGCGCGCGGUCAGUGGCCAUACUGGAGGUGGCCGUGUUCCCGGAUCCUGCGAGCGCGAUGUCGAUGCGCUUCUCCAAGCCGCAGGGGUUCAGUUACAAGAGCGGACAGUACAUCUUCCUCAAAUGUCCUGCCGUCUCACGAUCCCAGUGGCACCCGUUCUACAUCACGUCGGCGCCACGGGACGAGCACGUCAGCGUCCACAUCAGGGCGGUCGGUGACUGGGCCAAGGAACUCCACAACGUCUUCCUAAAGGUUUGCCCGACGCCAACAAAGGAGAAGAGCGAGAUGAUCCGGGUGGAGUAUGACCUUGACAGCUCAUCGAAUCCGAGCUUUCCGAAGGUGGUGAUCGACGGGCCAUAUAGUGCGCCGACGCAGGACUACAAGAAGUAUGACACCGUCCUACUAGUGGGGACCGGCGUUGGUGCCGCACCCAUGAUCUCCCUCGUCAAGGACAUCGUCAACAACAUGAAGCAACCCAACUGCAGGGAUGGCGAAUCUAGGACCACUCAAACUUGUCGUGCCUACUUCUACUGGAUCACCCGGGAGCAAGGCUCCUUUGAGUGGUUCCGUGGAUUCAUGGACGAGAUGGUGGAGACAGGGGACGAGGGUGUCAUCGAGCUUCAUAACUACUAUAGCAGCAUCUACGAGGAGGGCGACACCCGGUCCGCGCUCAUCUCCUUGCUCCAGUCCCUUAACCACGCCAAGCACGACAUCGACAUGGUCUCUGGUGCUCGCGUCAAGACCCACUUCGGCCGACCAAACUGGUGGGAUGUCUAUGAGCGUAUCGCCCUCAGGCACCGUGAACAACGCGUUGGAGUAUUCUACUGUGGCACGCCGGUGCUGACAAAAGAGCUGAGCGAGCUUGCCCAUAAUUUCUCGAGAAAGACAAGCACAAAGUUUGAGUUUUAUAAUGCGAACUUCUAGUUAUGCAGAUAACUCAGCCAUAAGAAGUUUCUCUUUUUUGUGUGGGAAAGUGGAAGCAUGUUAUUUUUAUACUUCGCCAUCCAAUAAUGUAUGAUGUAUUUCAAUUCAAUUAAGACAAGAUUUUUGUGAUGUAUUAAAAAUAUUGAAAUGUUAA